AAAGCUGGCCAUGGGGACAGCAUGAGAGUGGCGGCGCGGCGGCGGCGGAGCACAGCGAGGCACCGGGGCUGCCGGCUGCAGGGGGGGCGUUCAUGCACCCCUCCUGCCCUGCCCGCUGCCGCACAGCCCCCCAGCACGACGGAGGGGCCGGGGGCGUCCCUUCGGGCUUUUUCGGGGCCGUUUUGGAUUUUUGGGGGGGGUCUUUUUUUUUUUUUUUUUUUUUUUUUCUUCUUUGGGCUUUUGGGUUUUGUGUUUUUAUUUUUUCCAUCCCCGCCGGAGAGAAGAGGGGGAAGAACUUGACAGCUCCGCUCCCCUCCUUUAAUUUUUGAGUUUUUUUUUUUCCUGGUGUGUUCUUAUUUUUUAUUUUUUUUAUUAUUAAUUUUUUUUCCCGACGGGUGAAUUUUUGCGAGACCUCGCUCGGGGCUCUGACUUCUCGGUGGCGAGGCUCCUUUCCCCCGGCGGAGGUGAUGAUGGUGCAUUGUGCGGGCUGCGAGAGGCCGAUCCUGGACCGCUUUCUGCUCAACGUCUUGGACAGGGCAUGGCACAUCAAAUGCGUCCAGUGCUGCGAGUGCAAGUGCAACCUGACCGAGAAAUGCUUCUCCAGGGAAGGCAAACUCUACUGCAAAAAUGACUUUUUCAGGAGGUUUGGUACCAAAUGCGCCGGCUGCUCCCAAGGCAUCUCCCCCAGCGACCUGGUCCGGAAAGCGCGGAACAAAGUGUUCCACCUGAACUGUUUCACCUGCAUGGUCUGCAACAAGCAGCUCUCCACGGGCGAGGAACUCUAUAUCAUAGACGAGAACAAAUUUGUUUGCAAAGAGGAUUAUUUGAACUCCCCCACCCUGAAGGAAGGCAGCCUCAACUCAGUGUCCUCAUGUACAGACAGGAGUUUGUCCCCGGAUCUCCAGGACCCCAUGCAGGACGACCCCAAGGAGACGGACAACUCCACCUCGUCGGACAAGGAGACCACCAACAACGAGAACGAGGAGCAGAACUCGGGCACCAAGCGCCGGGGGCCCCGCACCACCAUUAAGGCCAAGCAGCUGGAGACCCUCAAAGCCGCCUUCGCCGCCACCCCAAAGCCCACCCGGCACAUCCGCGAGCAGCUGGCGCAGGAGACCGGCCUCAACAUGAGAGUCAUCCAGGUCUGGUUCCAGAACCGCCGGUCCAAGGAGCGCCGGAUGAAGCAGCUGAGCGCGCUGGGUGCCCGCCGGCACGCCUUCUUCCGCAGCCCCCGCAGGAUGCGGCCCCUGGGCGGCCGCCUCGACGAGUCCGAGAUGCUCGGCUCGACGCCCUACACGUACUACGGAGAUUACCAAGGUGACUACUACGGGCCGGGAGGCAAUUAUGACUUUUUCCCCCACGGGCCCCCCUCCCAGGCCCAGUCCCCGGCCGACCCCAGCUACCUUCAGAACUCAGGACCCGGCUCCACGCCCCUGGGACCCUUGGAGCCCCCCCUAAGCGGACACCACUCCUCAGAAAACCAAAGGUACACGGAUAUGAUCUCGCACCCCGACACCCCCAGCCCCGAGCCGGGGAUGACGGGCUCGCUGCACCCCAUCCCGGGGGAGGUCUUCAGCGGGGGGCCGAGCCCCCCCUUCUCCAUGUCCAGCAAUAGCGGCUACAGCGGGGCGCUCGCGCACCCCAACCCGGAGCUGAGCGAGGCGGCGGUGUGGUAGAGCCGGGGGGGGGACGCGCCUCUUCCCCACCCCCCCCCCCAAAAAAUCCCCACCCCACACCUCCCUCCAGCCCCCCCUGGGGCACACCGGCUGACGGACACCCCCCCCUUUCCCCGAAAUAAAACCACAACCCCGAUGCCACGGCCGCCCUCCGAUGCCAAAACGCAUCCUCCCCGGCACCGCAGCCCCAUCCCGAUGCUGGGGGCACCCCGCUACCUCCCCCUCCCCACACUGUGCCCCCUCUUUUAUUGGGGUGGGGGCAACACAACGUGCCCCGAGACCCCCCCUUUGUGCCCCCCGCCGGCGUCGGGACCACCACCUCUCGGACCAAAGCUGAACUCGCCUGGACACGGGUCCCACCGGUGCCGGGGGGCUGCUGCGGGGCUCCCCCCCCCCCCAGUGCUAAUUAGCCUCUUUUUAAUGAUCCCCAUCCUUCGUCCCGAUAUAACGGGGCCGGGGGGGGGACACGGGGAAUAGCAGCCCCCCCCUCAGCCCCUCGCUUUCGUUGUUCCCCCGUUUUGUUCCCCAGGAGGAGGUGGGUUGGGACCCGCUGGGUGGUUUUUUUUUUUGGUGAGGCCGCGGGGAGGGGGGGACGGGAGGCCGGGCAGGGGGCUCCCCGAGCAUCCCGCUGAGCUCGGCCUCCUAAAUUUUAGGGGAAGAAGGGGUGGGGGGGGAGGCGAAGAAGCGCCCGGGACCGGAAAGAGGCAGAAAAAAAUAAUAAAAAAUAAUAAAAAAAAGGAGACAAACAAAGAAACGCGGCACAAAACCGGCGCGCGGCGCAAACGAAGGCCGAGCCUCCGCCGAGCCCAGCGCGUCCCGGCGGCCCCGCGGGUCCGAGGAUGUAUUAUAGUUUUUGCUUCUAGUUUCUUUAUUUUGUAUAAAGGAGAAACAAAUAAAGUAUGUUUUUGUGUUUA